GUCAGCGUCACGUAGUGUGUUCUAGGACUCAUUUCGUGGUAUCAAGCUGAGUGAAGACCUUUUAGCACAAUUUUCUGUUCUGUUCCUUUAUAUAUUAAUUUAUGUUCUUUUUGUGCUAAUAAAUUCUUUUUCUUCUGAAAUUAACCAUACUCGAUUUUGCUCAAGCUGCAGAAAUGCAUUGUACGUAGAGUCUGCACCUUUUUUGCUUGUUACUUGCUCUGUAUAGAGGUAAGUGCACAUACACAAGACCUAAUUGGUACAUACUCCAAUAUAUUCAUCUCAUAGUUUGUUCUCGCUGCGUUAUUCCUUUCUCUGCCCCCAAUUUGUGAUAUAUUAUAAAAGUUACGAUGCGAGAGAAAACGGUAACACCACGAAAUUAGUUUUAGAUUUUAACAACCUAAUUUUACUAUCGCGCUCGUCUUGGUGGGGCAUUACCGUGCCCCCAGAUAUUAUAGACCGCGGCCCAGGAGCAUAUUUCGUCAGUCAUCGCCUCCCGGCUGAUAAUUUGUCAGAUGAUAGUUUAGAUGCUGUUUUAAACCAAAAAAAUCGUCAGCCGGUUCUAUCGCGGUGGAAUGACCGUCAGCUAUAAAAUGAACAUGUAAAAAAUAUGCGCCUUACCACACGUGCGGCAAAGUAUGCGUAAUGUGUAAAUUGCGUAAUCCGUUGAUGGCUUUUCAGGCGUUUACGCCUGAUGAAAUGCUACAUGCAAAGUUUUAUGAUUUGUUAUUGCUGGCAUAAAAGAUAUAGCGCUUAUUUUUUACAUGUUCAUGCGACCAGCUGAUGUUCAUACCACCGCGAUAUAACCGGCUGACGAAUUUUUUUUUAAAUAAUAACAGCAUCUGAACUAUCGUUUGACAAAAGGAUUAAACGGGAGGCGAUGACAAUUUUUUUUGUUUUAUGUGUUUCGGUGGUUGCCAUUCCUCAACCCACCAACGGAGCGGCAGCUGACGUCCACCAGGAUUCAUCAUACCUAGCCGUUAACCACUACACGAGUUUUCAGCCGGGAGGCGAUUGGUAAUGAAAAUUGUUCCUGGCUCUCGGUCUAUUAUGAGUGGUCAACAUUUUAUGGCCGUAAUUUUUAUUUUUAUAUGACACCUGUUAGUCUGUUCGGAAAGAGAAGAGUCGUGGAAUGUAUUGGGCCCAACAGGGCACAUACUUUAUCAUUAUACUACUCUCUGCUGUUACCUCAUCGUGUGAAGAGCGCCUAAGAUGAGAUACCUGUUUGCGGUUAAGAUUCGUAAAAAUGUCUCAACCUAAAUGACAACUUGUUUGACGUUUGUUGACAACUUGACAUGUUGAUGGUAUGAUUGUGAGUUUAUAAUUCCAAUUCAAUACGUAAUAAUCUGUUAUAUCAUACUCCAGAGUCCAGGCUUCGUCAAAAGUUAACUUUUAGUUCACUACAUAUAAACGGUUAUAAUGGGUGACACAAGAAAAAAGAAGAAGUUCUACUUUCGGAAGCGUAGGAACAAAUAUUUCUUACAGCCCGGCUUUCGCGGCUUUUUUUGCACGUGUAACUACAGGGAGAAAGACUGCGUGAAAGAAGUUUACAAUCUGUUGAAUGAGUAUACAGAGAAGGUGUAUCCAGAUUUGGGAAGUGAAAAGUCACAGCCGGCGGCAGGCGCGGCGGAGGACCGCUCCGGCAGUGAAUCUGAAGAAGAGACUGAUAUCGGCGAUGCGCUAAAACGAGAAGUAGAAUCUAUGAAAGUGGACUCGCAAAAGUCGCUCAGGCACAAACGCUUCCAGGUCGUGGAGACCGGCGCAUCGAACUGCAUUUUCAUUAAAACUAAUCUGCCUAGUCCAGAAGAAUUGACCAUCGCCAUAAUCAAAGACUUGUCGGAAACAAAAGUGCAAAAAACCCGGCAUGUCCUGCGCUUACUUCCCAUCAUGGCGACUUGCAAAGCAAACCUGCCUGACAUCAUGGAGUGUGCUGGGAAACUGUUUGACAAAUAUUUUCUGAAAGAGUCUUCAACAUUUGCUGUGAUUUUUAAUAAACGCUUUAACAGUAGUGUGUCCCGCGACUUGGUCAUAAAGGAGCUUGCGGAGAUGAUAACGCUAAAGAAUGGUGAUAACAAGGCUGAUUUGAAGAAUCCUAGGCUCUGUGUGAUUGUUGAAAUUAUAAAAGGAAUCUGCUUGUUGAGCAUUGUGGAGGAUUAUUAUAACUUUAAGAAAUAUAAUUUACAUGAAUUAUGUAAGGAGGAAAAUAAUGAUGGCGAAGCAACACAGGCCAAGAGAAUGAAGGCUAAUUCAAUUUCAGAAACUAAAGAUCCAGAGGAUCCUUAAUAAUCUAUAGUUAUAAUAUGUAAGGAAUACAUAUAUUUAAUAUAAUAUUGUUAUGUAAAUGCUUCUAUGUAACCCACUAUACCAAAAUGUGUCUAUACUCUUUUCAAAAUGUGAACAACUUUGAUAAAUAUAAAUGGUCAACUAUGAA